AUGACCACUUCUCCUCAUUGUUCUCCGUCCAGGUCGUCGCUCAGCUGUUGUCAAAUCGAUCACAGCAGCCACGACGAUGUUCACGGUGUGACAAUAGCCGCUAAAGAUGAUUAUUUCUUUCAAGAGAAGCAUUCUUUUCCAAAGAGACCCGAGGUGGAUCUUGCCUUCUUCGAUGUACGGUACACGGUCAGAGAAUGGAGCCUUCGAAACAUCAGACCGAAUUACAAAGAAAUUUUACACGGUGUGAGCGGAGAGUUCAAAGCCGGCGAACUGGUCGCUAUAAUGGGCCCUUCCGGGGCCGGAAAAUCAACUUUGCUGAAUGUUUUGGCCGGUUACACAGUGAAGGGUGUGCAAGGGGAGAUUCUAGUGAAUGGUAAAGUUCGAGGACCGUACAGUGAAAGGUGGAAAAGAACGUCGUGUUACAUACAACAAGACGCGUUAAUGAGAACUAGGCUCACCGUGGGAGAAGCCAUGACAUUAGCAGCACAUUUGAAACUGGGAUACACGAUCAGUUCAGCUUAUAAACACACACAAGUGUUGGAACUGUUAGAAAUUCUCGGCCUGAGCCACUGCUACGACACGUUAUGCGGAAAGCUAUCCGGUGGGCAGAAGAAGCGGCUAGACAUUGCUUUGGAACUUUUAAGUAAUCCUUCAGUAUUAUUCCUGGACGAGCCAACAACCGGUUUGGAUUCGUCAUCGUGUAGCCAGUGUAUCGCACUUUUGAAGCGUCUUGCUAAAAUAGAAAGGCGUACAGUAAUAUGCACGAUACAUCAGCCGAGUGCGUUGCUCUUGGAGAUGUUUGAUGCUAUUUACACGGUCGCUGCUGGAUAUUGUAUAUACAGGGGUCCAGUUAAAUCACUGUUGCCUCACAUGUCUUCGGUCGGUGUUGAUUGUCCUCCAUACCACAACCCCGCUGAUUUUCUUUUAGAGGUGGCGAUUGGAGAUUAUGGUAUUAGCGUUGAGAAAUUGGCAGCUGCGGUGGAAACAAUAUCAAAAGAUGAAAAAUCAAUCACGUACACUAUGAAAUCGCAAUUAGAUGAAAGCACAAAGGAACCACCUCCACCAGCAGGAUUCCUUGCACAAUGUUACCUUCUCUACAAAAGGCAGUUACUUUGUUUGAAGAGAGAUUACACAUUGCUGGUGGUACGUUUACUCUGUCACCUGCUGAUCGGUGUAAUCUUCGGCUACCUGUACAUGGGAAGUGGUUACAGGGCAAACGGUGUCCUCGCUAAUUACGUCUAUCUUUAUGGCUCGUUGCUGCUGAUCGUCUACACAGGCAAAAUGGCAGUCACACUUGCCUUUCCACAAGAGAUGCGGAUCCUCUCAAGGGAACACUUUAACCGUUGGUAUCGGUUAGCACCAUACUACUUCAGUAUGCUAUUGGUGGAAAUACCAUUCCAAGCGUCUUGUGCGGCGACCUAUUUAGCCGUGAGUUACUGGUUAACAGGGCAACCCGUUGAAACUCCUCGUAUAAUAUCCUUCAUGGUUGUUAGCAUAGCUGCUAGUUUGACGGCUCAGGCUUGGGGUUUCUUUAUCGGUGCGACUACACCAGUUAAGAUUGCUGUAUUCGCUGGGCCUAUAAUAGCAGUGCUAUUUUCCGUGUUCGGAUUUUGUAUUCGUUAUAUAGAUACUCCUCAAAUGUUUAGAUGGAUGUUCCAUAUAUCGUAUUUCCGGGCCAGUUUUCACAGUCUUUUGCAUACUGUUUACGGUUUCGGUAGGAUGGACUUGAAAUGCGACGAUUUCUAUUGUCACUAUAAGAAACCGACGCAGUUUCUUAAAGAAAUGGACAUUGCCGACACGAGCGUUGUUAAUAAUCUCAUUCUAAUCCUUGGUAUCGGUGUGCUGAUGCAUUUACUGACCGCCAGUGCUCUCUGGUGCAAGCUUAAUAGAAGAUAAAAAAAAGGAAUUAUUUAUUUUCGAUCUCGACUAUCCAGUAUUGAUGUUGGUCGUUCCAUUGGUUGAUUUAUUUAUCGUGAAAAUUGACGCUAAAAGCGCUGAUUUAAAAAAAUGGUUCGAUUGGAACACCUCAUAUCAGAUUUUUAGUUACAUUAGAAGCGAACACUAAAGAUCUGUUAUAGACGAAUUUAGUUUCCGCUGUACUUACUUGAAUGGAAAUUGACAUUUAGGAAGAAAUUCGAGAUUAAAGUGAUAAAAAAGCUGGUUCUGAUCUUUUCGUGGCAAUAUACUAACUUAAUCGUACUAUUAGCAUGUAAAAGCCUUCAAGUCCUAGAUUUAUUGUUAUACUAUUAUCAAUCGUUACAGAAAUAUUAAGUUAUUGCAUAUAUAUUUUCUUUUGUUGAAAGCUUUAAAAUAUUUUGAAAUUCGAAUCUUACAAUUACAUGCACAUGGGGUAAUUGAAAGGCAAACAUAUUUUCAUAUAGUACAAUGGUAUCGUGCAUCGAUACUAAUUAUUAAGUUAAUUAAACGUAAGGAGCAGUACGUGUUAAUUUUACUUAUUGUAUCGUCACAAUGUGACCUACUUAAAUAUGAAUUUGGAAAAAAGGGUUUAGAAGGAUUCUUUGUUCCUAACUGCUUGAGACCAUCGAACAGCUUCUUAUGCAUUACACAGAAUAUUGUAUUGAUUACAAUACUGAUGUUGGGGCAUUGUAUACUAUUUUUAUUCAAUGUUAUUACAAUGUUCAUUCGUGAACAUUUUCUUCAUCAAAAUGUUCACUGCUGAAUGAAUAAUUUCGUUUGUAACAGACUAUAUAGCAAGAUUGUUGAAUUGAUUGUUUAAAAAACAAAUUUAAUUAUUUUCUGUGAUAUAUACGUUAGGCAUUUUCAUGGCACUACAUAGCAAUGUUUACAUAUAACUAUAUGUCAAAGAAAAUAGAAGAAAAAAAUCAGUAACACAAAAUAUUGAUUAAAAUGAAUGAAUGUCUACUGCAUGGAUAUAACCUUUUUUUACUACCUACAAAAAUUUCUGUAGGUAAAGCUUUAAACAAAUGCAAAAAAAGAAAAAAAAAACA